UUAGUUGUCAUAAAAUUGGUUGGGGGAAAGAAAAUCUUCCGCGAGAAUCAAAUCAACGGAAAAAAGAAUGGCUUCAGAUAUUAGAACAGUGUUACGUUACAUGUCAUACUCUUUGUCUUGUACCAACAACAGAGUUUCACAACAGCCACUCUUUGUCUCUCUGCACAAAACAAAAAGACAAAAACGGGAACUCCCUCGUUCUCUAUCACCAAUCUCUCGUAAGAAAAACCUUAAUCAACCACAAGCGAUGGCGGGAGUCCUUAACAUCCCCAAGCUCCCGCUUUUGUCGCCAUUUCCCCUGCGCAAACAAUCAAGACCCUUCAUUUCCAUUAAAGCAUCUUCAGAAUCCUCCAAUUCCCAAGCCAAUUCUGCUUCUAUAAGCACCAAGGAAGAGCAAAAACCAAGCUUUGCCUCUUCUUCAACAGUAACAACAUUUGCUCCUCCUCCAAAUUUCAAGCCGCCAGAGCCUAAGCGGUUUGCGGUUAGACCAGAUAAGGUUUGGGAUAUCCUUGGGGCAGCUCUUGCCUUGUUCUUUCGGUGGGGAACUGGUGUUUUUGUUUCUGGCUAUUCUGCAUCUGUUGUUUCUGAGAACGAGAUUCCACCUGGCCAAUAUUGUUUAGAACUAGGAGGCUCUAAGGUGAAAGAGACAUCAAAGAUAGGCCCUCGUCCAGAGAAGCCUAUUGAGAUAUAUGAGUUUGAAGGUUGUCCAUUUUGUCGAAAGGUUAGGGAAAUUGUUGCAGUUUUGGAUCUUGAUGUUGUGUUUUAUCCUUGCCCCAAAAAUGGUCCAAAUUUCCGUCCCAAAGUUGCUCAGAUGGGUGGAAAGCAGCAGUUCCCCUACAUGGUGGAUCCAAAUACAGGAGUUGCUAUGUAUGAAUCAGAUGAAAUUAUAAAGUAUCUGGUUGCCAAAUAUGGUGAUGGAAGUGUUCCUUUCAUGCUAUCACUUGGUCUACUGACGACAUUGACUGCAGGCUUCGCCAUGAUUGGCCGCAUGGGAAGGGGAACUUCUUACAUUCCAUCAAAAUUGCCUCCCAAGCCACUUGAGAUAUGGUCAUAUGAGGGUUCUCCAUUCUGUAAGAUUGUGCGAGAAGUGCUGGUGGAACUAGAGUUACCACACAUCCAACGCAGUUGUGCUCGAGGCAGCCCAAAACGGCAGAUCCUCUAUGAGAAAGCUGGACAUUUUCAGGUACCUUAUUUAGAAGACCCAAAUACUGGAGUGCAAAUGUUUGAAAGUGCAGAAAUAGUGGAAUACUUAAAAGCUACAUAUGCUCAAUAAUAAUCAAAACCUUCCCAGGUAGGUUUUCCUUGUGGUCUUCUGUUAUAGAUAUUCCCUUUUUUUUUUUUUAACGUCACCCUUCUGUCAAUUGGGCUUGGCUCAAAGUUGUAAGAGUAAAGUGGGAAUUAGGUAGAGAUUUUAAGCUUGACCCACGAGCUGUGUUGCUCCUUCUUGUACCCAAAAAAAACUAUUUUUUAUUAUUUAUUUUCUUUCUAAUGAAAAGGUGCUUCCAUAUGGCACUGAAUAUGGUGGACAAAUUCUCUAGAUUGAUCUUCCUAUAUCAAUAUAAGGUCUGUUGGAACAGUUGAUCCAUAAACAAAAGAAUUCCUAUCAAAAUGUAACAGUAUGUUCUACACAUGGUCGUCAUAUGGUGGGGGCUAAAGAAUAUCCGUAUGUUAACCUCUUAACCUUUAAUGAAGAAUCCUUAUCUUUGCUUUAAAAUUGUGAUGAAAAGAGUUGUCAACAAAUAAUGUAGUUUCUAGUCUCAUCACCAUUAUCUGUGGCAUUCCGAGUGUCACUUGUUCAUUGAUGAGCAUACCAUUGUCUCUCACCUCUCAUUGAGCCGACGGAGCUUCUUAUAAUAAUGCAUCGUGGUCCUGGAAAUGGAAUCUGAUCCUGCGCCUUUAAGCACAUAUUGAC